ACCGAGGAGGCCUACGCGGAGUCGGGGUUCGGACAGUGGGGCUUCUUGAUCUUCUUGCUGGGGAUCGUCGUGGGCAUCGGGCUCGUGGUCGGCUUGAGCGUCGCGAGGCGCGUGCUGCCGCAGGUGUGGGCCGUGCUGAAGAGCAAGAAGGACGAGAACGAGGAUGAGCUAGUGAUACGUCCUGGCCCGCCGCUCUGGCAUCAGCGGAAGGUGUACGGCGUGGUGGCGCACUCGGAUGGUAAGUUGUACGAAGCCGCCACCGCCGACUGGCACGCCUACGCCGAGGACUGGUCCGCUGGUUCGGCCGAGGUCGUGGCCGCGCGCUGGUGUGCCAAUCAUCGAGACCUGCCGGCUGGCGUGGCGCGGGACCAGGUGCACCGCUUCAGGCGGGAGCCGACGCCCGCGCGCGACGCAGCCUUUCGGCAGGCCGCCGAGGCCGAGGCCGAGGCGGAGGGGCGGACGCUGCUGGGCGCCCAAGGCGUGCCGCUGCCCGCGGGGCAGCUCGUGGGGCCUGGCGCCGGCGCGGUGGUGCCGGCUGACGUGCUCGGCGACGCGGUCGCCGCGCCCGCCGCGCCCGUGGGGCCGCCAGCGGGCGGCGGUGCCGUUGUGGCGGCGGUCCCUGCGCCGGCGGCCGCGGCGCCGCCGCGGCUGCAGGGCCCCUUGCAGGGUGUGGCGCCAGCCGUGGCGCUACCAGGCGCCGCGAUGGUGCGGGGGGCUGCCGGGGCAGGUGGGGGCUACCGGUUCGGGGGCGUCGUGCCUGGACACGCGCGGUCCGCGCGGGCUUCAGGCUCGAAGAACUUGCGC